AUGGCUGAAGAUGGAUCACCCAAAAUUUAUCUCCCUCCUGCAAGAGAGAAUAGUAAAACACCAAUGGAAGCAACCAUUUUAUUUGGGGCUGACACCACCAUUCCUAGAUCAGAAACAACUGUUACUUCGGAAGGAGACCACAUUACUUCAGUAAAUGACUAUACACUAGACAGUGAUUUCUCAACUACAGCCAUCAAGCUUACACCUACAAAGGAAAGACUCAAAUUAGAAGAUGAAAUUGAGACGAAUAUUAAAUCAACAACUUUCAGGAAAGAAAUUACCACUCCAACUGAAACUACAAACUCCACAGCAGAGGAGGCUAUUACUGAAAUUUUCAUUCCAGUGAAAAUUGGAAAUAUCUCAUCCCAAGUUGGUACUGUUUCUUUAAUCGAUUUUUGCAGUAACAUGACAAAAGAAGACAUCCUCUUAGCUACCAUCGACACAGAGGAGCAAGAGAUCUCACCUGCUGCUGAGCUCACUGACACACUAGAGGACAGCACUGUCAAUGUAGAGGAUGCCUUUGAACUUCCAAUUGAAAACACAGAUGAAAACACAGAAACUGACGCUAGUUCCUCAACCAAUUCCAAGGUUCCUGAUGAUGGGGCUGUCCAGGUCAUGGACUCCUUUGUUCCUGAGGCUGAGAUCUCUCCCUCUACUGAAGACAGUACCACCAUUUCAGAUACAACCAUUCCUGCAGAAGAGAAUGUAACUGAAAUUGACCUAAUUGUUUCAGAGGAUACCCCCAAUGCUGUGACUAAAUUAACUGACUCUGAUGAGGAAAAGUUUAUCACUGGUUUUGAACUCACUAACUCUGCUGAAAAAGUCAAAGGUAACGCAGAAGAUACUUUAACUGAUGAAGAAUCUACUGAUGGGGUUAAUGCUUGGAUGGUGAAAGACAUUACGAAUGAAGUAGAGACUCAUUCUGUUUUGCUUACUGCUGUUGAAUCCAGGUAUGACUUCAUUGUCCCUGCCUCAGAAGCUAAGAACACCAUGGAAGAAUCAGCCGCUAACACAACAGAAGAUGUGUCUGAAAAUAACACAACAGAAUCUGUAACUGAGGUCACAGAGGCAUUUACUGAAGCGACCUCUAUAUUAGAUAACGCCAAACACAUGGAGAACUCCCCUACCACUGACAUGGGCAUCUUUAAACUGCUGAAAGAAGAUCCCGAUGAGCUCAUGAUGUAA